GCUCUUCCCACUCAUCAUCCAAUCAACCACCCAAUUUCCCCAAAAUACCCUCCCUCCCCCAUCUUAAUUCCACCAUCGCCCUCCUAAUCUCUAAUUAAUUUCCUAAUCUACCCCUAAUUUAGGUCCAUAACCUCAUCUAGAGAGAGAGAGAGAGGCAAUAAUGGCAGCAAUGGCCUCUCUUCACCUCAAAACAUCCCCACAUUCAAUCUCCAAACUACCAAAGCCCUAUUCCCCCGCCGCCGCAGCCGCCGUAGCCCUACCAAUCCGGCGCCUCCGCGGGGCGAGCCGAUCGGCGACCCGGAUUUCGGCAUCCCUAAUCGACCCGGACGGCGGGAGGCUGGUGGAGCUGUUCGUGCCGGAAUGGGAGAAGGGAUCGAAAUUGAAGGCGGCGAAUGAGCUGCCGAGGAUCACGCUAUCGGAAAUCGAUCUGCAAUGGGUGCACGUGCUGAGCGAGGGGUGGGCCAGCCCGCUCAAGGGCUUCAUGCGCGAAGCAGAGUUUCUCCAAACACUUCAUUUCAACGCAAUCCGGCUCGACAACGGCUCGCUCGUCAACAUGUCGGUGCCGAUCGUGCUCGCCAUCGACGACGCCCAGAAGACCCGGGUCGGGUCGUCUGCCAGCGUGGCGCUCGUCGAUGAACGCGACGACGUCGUUGCUGUCUUGAGCAAUAUCGAGAUUUACAAACACAACAAAGAAGAGAGGAUAGCAAGAACUUGGGGCACGACAGCACCCGGUCUGCCCUAUGUCGACGAAGCCAUCACUCAUGCCGGGAACUGGCUUGUCGGUGGGGACCUAGAGGUCAUAAAUCCGGUCAAGUACGAGGAUGGCCUUGACCGCUUCCGUCUCUCUCCUGCUCAGCUGCGCGACGAGUUUGAGAGGCGCAAUGCAGAUGCUGUUUUCGCGUUCCAGCUGAGAAACCCUGUCCACAAUGGCCACGCCCUCUUGAUGACAGACACUCGUCGCAGGCUGCUUGAGAUGGGGUACAAGAACCCGGUGCUCUUGCUCCAUCCCUUGGGAGGCUACACCAAGGCUGAUGACGUGCCACUGAGCUGGCGGAUGAAGCAGCAUGAGAAGGUGCUGGAAGAUGGUGUUCUGGACCCGGAGACGACGGUUGUGUCGAUCUUCCCGUCGCCAAUGCACUAUGCUGGCCCGACAGAGGUGCAGUGGCACGCGAAGGCUAGGAUCAACGCAGGUGCCAACUUCUACAUUGUGGGACGGGAUCCGGCUGGUAUGGGACACCCGCUCGAGAAGAGAGACCUUUAUGAUGCAGAUCACGGGAAGAAGGUGCUGAGCAUGGCGCCCGGCUUGGAGCGCCUCAAUAUCCUUCCUUUCAAGGUAGCUGCUUAUGACAAGACUCAGAACAAAAUGGCAUUCUUUGAUCCAACAAGGGCACAAGAUUUUGUGUUUAUAUCUGGCACAAAGAUGCGUACACUUGCUAAGAACAAAGAAAGCCCGCCGGAUGGAUUCAUGUGCCCCGGUGGGUGGAAGGUUCUGGUGGACUACUACGACAGCCUUUCUCUCUCGGACAAUGGGAGAGUGCCGGAGCCAAUUCCGGCUUAAGUAUCAUCACAUGAUGGGCGUGAUAAAAAGAAAUUUGUGUGGAUUGAAUAAAUGCCAAAUGAGGCAAAACUCUUUGACUCAAAUCUGUGUAACAUAGUGCGAUGAAUGGCAGUUGGUGUGAUAUAUGUGGUUUGCUUUGCUGCAACAAAUAGAUGAUUGAAUUUGGUGUACAUGUAUGCAUACAUACAUUGUCAAAGUAUGAGCUGUUUGCAUUGAUUCAA